AUGCUGUUGAAAUUGGGAGUGAUGUUUGCCGCUCUGGAAGUGAUUUGCGCCUUGACCCGUGACGAGUUGAUCGACCAUCUCCGGCAUAACCAAGGUUGUUGGUCGUUCUUUAAAGGAAAUUUGUCUGACAAAGCAGGUGAAAAGUUUAUGUUAAUUAUGAACGAGAGAAGAUAUGCUUCAAGUUUUAUAAAUGCUUCAAACGAAAUAAACUUUCAGCAGGUUAAGAUUGGAAUUAGAAGUGAUACUUUUGAGUUUAAUUUCAAAUCUUUUACAGCUACCCGGAACACUUUCGAUUCUCGAAUCCGGCAAGGCGAUUGGAUGAAACCCAUCGGCUACGUUGCUGGAAAGUCUGAACUCUCGGAAUUGUUUCUCAAAAAAGCCCAGUAAUGCUUUAGACCAAUCUGGCCUCGAAUCCUGGACAAGGUCCACUCAACUGGCGAACUUUUCUUCGACGACGAUAACUUUGCCUAUCUGGUUAGCCUGUUUCAAUUGAUUAAGCUCGAAAAAAAUAAAAAGUUCAGAUGCAUGAUAGGACGGCAGCGGGUCUGGUGAAGAAAAUGGACCGCGAGGCAAAUUAUCGCAAAAUAAUUCAGUUUCUUGAACGAUACACCGAGUAAUUCGUCCUUUUUCAAAUUUAAAACGUAAUAAUAAUAAACUUCACUUUGUUUCUGCAAAUCCCACACAAAAAAGCUAUCGGUUCUAGAAGUGACGUCAAAGAAGAAAUGGGUUUAAAGUUCAGACUGAAAGAUCGUCUUUGCUUCUUGUUUUCCUGUGACUGUCGCUUUCUAUAAAUCAUUCAGACGGCCCCCAACCAUUCACAUUCCUUGUUUGUUUCUUUUGACUGUGAAUAUAACUCAUUUCGUAGACUUUGCACGAACUUAUGAAAAUGAUAGUCCCUAUCAUUCUCCUCACAAUCUUCCUUUCGCCAGAAGUUCGCAGCUUAACCAUGAGAGAUCUUUUGAGCACAGAACCAGGUACGUCGGAAUAAUUAAUUUUCAACUUGUAAGCAAUCAAAUUCGCAUCGUAUUAUAUUAACAUUGCUUUUUCUCCUUUUAGAAGGGAAUUCAAAGUAUUCGUUCGCUGUGAGACCCAUCGCAAACGUUGCAGGAGAGUAGGUCCUAUUCCAAUACAAAAAAUGAAUUUUGAUUUAGGUUGGUGUAUCCAAGGGACCAAGACGACAAUCCGUGGAUCCGCACCAGGAAUGCCAAGUACAACGAGCUCGACGACCUUCCCUCCGAGGCUCGAUGAGCUCUCGACGACCGUCUAACCGUAUUUUUUCAGCAGCCCACGGACCCCUAUGUCAACCGCAACAUCGAACGCGUCAUGCGUUUGCUCCAGCGAGAGCAUCGCAUUUGA